CCUUCCAUUUAUUUGCAAUCGAAACGUAUGAAUAUGCGUAAAAUGGAUUUAUUAUGCAAUUUUUUUAUAUCUACUUAAAAGCGCCAAGUAGGGUACCCAAUUGGGAGCAGUUUAUUUACGCGUUGAUUUGCUUCGUUGGCCAUUUUUUUCCUCUUUAUUUUCCUCGCUGCUGCGGUUCAUACGUAUGGGCCUGCAAAUCACUCGUCAAAAUUUUUUGCCACGCCCAGGCUGCGUAUUUAUAUGCGUCCUUCGAUUUUUCCCCCCAGGCAGUUCCUCCUUUUUUUCCUGAGCAGUUUUGUUCCCCCCCGGCUAUGCCCCUUCGUCCUGCUCGUUUUUUCAAAGCUUUAAGGAGGCAUCGCGCCAUAUAGCGAAAAUAAAGAAGGCAACUGAACUGCGCUGGUAGAGAGGCAUAUCGUCUUUCCUGAAAAUGCAUCUUCUUUUCAUUUUACAAAAUUUGUAACUGUUAAAGGGGUAGACGAUCAGUUUUUCCCUGCGUUUAUUUGCCACCCGCUACUUACGUAGUGGUAGUGAAAAGGGCCCAGACAUUCAGUCAAAGCAAAGCUCUUUGGGGGCAUGCAGACAGAUCGCUUUCCUUUUCCCCGCCGGGUGACUAAUUCGUCAGAGCCAUAAAUGUACAUACAUACGUCCGUAUGAAGGCAUGCAAGGUAGAAGUCACCAGCAGCAUUUCCGCCUUGCCCAAUUAACAAAACUACCGCUCCCCCCCCUGUGAUCAUUCCGCUACAAAAUGGUGGGCGUGAAGAAGAGGCCAGUCAGAAAAUUCAACCUCGAAAUUAACCUGAACAAUGACAUAGAGGACAAGGUACGGUCAUACAUAAUUUCGGAUAGAAACAAAAUGAAGGAAAAGCAUAAACAGAGGAGAAAAAAAAAAAUAAGAAGACGAAUCAAAAUGGAAUGUAAAAUAUCAUCCUUUGUUUUCCCCAAUUCGAACAAGGAGAAAAAACUGAGGCUAAGUUACAUUAAUAAGUUUAUAAAAAAAAAAAAAUUAAUCAAGCAGCAUUUGAAGGAGAUAAGAGAGAGGAUAAAACAUUUCCAAGCCAUGGCGAACACAAGUCAGAGCGAAACCAAGGAAAACAGGGUUCAUUUGCCCAAAGGGGAAGAAAAAGUGUGGCUCCCCACUCUCUGCUAG